AUGGCAAACCGUGAGGUGGACCAAGCCUACGCCGGAAUCAACCACAAGCAAACCGCCAUCGUUAUCGAAAACCAGGCCGCGGGGCUUGGUGAAGCCAUUGGCGACCAGACGGAACGCCCAGCCGUCUGCCACGGCGGGCGUGGGAUAGCCAAAGGUCAGAGUAUUGGCGCAGUCAGCAGCGAGGACCACGCUGGGCAGUCCUGCCAGGGCAAGGAAUGGCAAUGUGCGCUUCACCAUGGCGUAAGAUGGGCUGGCACAGGUUGGAGAGGAAUUGAGAUCCGAGGGAUGGGAAUAUAUGCAAGGGGCAAAAUGAUUCAUGAUUGCUCAUGA